AAUUUGAGACAGUUUCAAGCUUCCAGAAAGUAUCUAAUAAGGAUUUCAAUACCCUAUAGUUUUUGCAGCUUUACUGAGGUUAAAUUCUCCAUUUUAUUUGACCUUGACACCUGACAGUUGACCUCUUAUCACACUAGUCGUGUUUUCUUUUUGAACUUCUGAGUCAUUGGCUGCAGGCAGACCUGCUUUAAUUAUAGCCACUGCAACAUUCCUAUCUGACAGAAUAGGCAGAGAUAGACAGAGAGGCCUUGAGAGUGCCACUGUAAGUGGCAUAAGAGAAUAUACAAAAAUAGAGAAAGUUUCAAAACAGUUAAAGAUAGAAAGUGACAGCUCGCGUGAGUUCAUUUCUGAUUUAGCAAUCUGAGGCAAGCCACCUUCACUACACCACCCUGAAUUGCAUAUAAGUCUGCUGCUGUGUUCUGACAUUUGUCUUUCUCUUUUUCCUAAUGAUAAAACAGUACAACAGCCAUGGGACAGAAGCUGGAGAAGACAUCAGAAAAGGAACAGGAAGAAUCACGUGAUGGCUCUGAUUGGACUGAGCAAGCUGGAAACACACAACGGACUGAGACGAAUGCACAAAAUGAGAGCACACACCAGUGUGGUGACAACCUCGGCGGCUUUGCGACCAUUCAGAGAACGGGUGCGAUUAGCCAGCGCAGCAUCAGAUGCUUGCCUGCUGGGCAUGAAGGGAAGCUCGCUACUGACCCCCAAACUGAACAGCCAAUCAGAAAUUUAGCUCAAUGUGACCCCCCUCUAUACAACCGCAGGAAGCGGGUGGGUGGAGGCAGUCAGAGCUGUGGUGUUAGUCGCAGUGCAGAGGAGCCAAAAACUGUGCAGACUCCUAAAGAGACAAGACAACCGUCAGAGUUCUGUUUGGGUGUACAUCGAGCCUCUGAGACUGAGGCUACUGACAUGGAGCAAAGACACGGGAAGAAGUAUCAAAUUUCUGUUAGCAAUUUAGGUCUAACAGCCUCAUGUGAUCCCGCUAAUGAGGAAGACUUUGUGGUGCUUGAGAAGGAUGACACUUGGUUGACAUCCAAUGGGAGAGGCAAGCUGCCUUUUGGCAACAUGGUGAAAUCGGAGAACCUCCAGACAUCUGUUGCUAAAGGACUAAAGGAAAACUCUUCUGUGGCCAUUGACGAUGAGAAACCCCACCACCCGUAUAGUAACCCCCCUGAAGAAAAGGUUAACGAGAGGCAAAUCUGCAGUAAAACUGAUAUGACCGACAGCGUGGCAGCACACACUGCCUGCUUUGGGAUAGAAAUGGCUCAACGUUUUCCUGAAGUGACAGGCAGCAGGUGUCAUCUAAAAGGAGUCAGUUGUGUCGGAGCUGCCUGCACUGCGACAACUGGGAGAGGAAAAACAGCACGGCAGCAGAGCCUGAAUGGCUGUGGUAUGGGGCGAGUUUCUCCUAACAUACCCCAGGAGCACUGGUCCAAACACAAUACCGGCUCAAUUAAAAGAAUGAGAUGUGCUGAUGGUUUGGAAAAUGUCUUUGAUGAAGAAGUUCAGUUAAUUAUGCAGGAAGUGCCUGAUGACGAGGAAGAGCUCACACGCAAAAUGAAGGCAAAUGGGGAAUUCCACUUGGAGAAGAUGGACCCUUCUUUGAGUGAGCCUGGGAAUCAAGAUAAAGAAAACCAGAAUUCACAGUUUAAUGAACAUAGAACACAGCAUGACAACAGGUUAGCUGGCAGCGUCUCUGACAGGACGAAAGGAGUCGUCUCAGGGCAUGAAGGCUGUGAUGAAAAGAUACAGACUGCGAGUUUAAAGAAGGACAGCAAGCUUGUUUGCUUCUCUGCAGUCAACACCAAACCAUCUUUAACUCGUGCGUUUCCAAAAGAAGACACAUCAACAGAAACACAACUCAGUACUGUCACAUCUCAACCAGUGACAGAGGUCAACCCUGAGUCAUGUGUUCCUCUCAAAGACUCUGUCCCUAAAGACAAGGUUAAAGUUAAAGGCCCACCUCCACCAGUCCCCAAAAAACCAAAAAAAACAUUUAUAAAGCUUAAAAUGGCAAAAUUGUCUACUGAUGCUCACAGAAGAGGCAAAGAUCAACUGCAUUCUGAAGAGAAGGUCCAAAGGAGCCAUACUUUUCAUUUCAACAAAGACACACCAUACAACACUCCAUCAAAUAUGGACAUGUUCUUGCUGUUGGAUAACAGGGGUGCUUACGCCAAAAAAUCCAACAUACGACAGAUGUCAGCUGAUCCUGAACUUUGGCAACAUCUACCACUUGGACAGGCAGAUGACCAACACAAAGAUAUGAUUGACUUUGACUUUUGUGGACGUUUGGCAGAACUGUCUCCAGAUGAUGAGACAAAAAACCUAGACAUGUUGCAGAAAAGACUGUUCCUGGAAAAAAGACGCAGAUAUAAAGGCUCACCUCCACCUGUUCCAAAAAAACCCCAUAAAUCAUUUGCCUCCACAGAGAGGAUUCUAGAUCCCGAGGUUACAUCAGAAAAUGAAAUCCAAAGACCAAAACUUGGUUUUUCAGGGACAAGCGAACCCGAACCUCAGCAAAUGUUUGACAAAGCAGAGGCAAAGGUGAUCCACAGUGACCACAACAAAUAUGGUAACCACAAAAACAUAACUGGUCAUGAUAGUGAUAGCGACACAGAAAACAGCAGUCCGCUGGUUUGCUACAAGCCUGUGGCUGCAAUCAUCAGGGAAACAAACCAGAUACAGAGACAUCAUGGGCGAAUAAAAGUUGAAGGGGCCAGAGCUCAAGAUCGGGUCUUCGAGAAGAACCCAAGUAUAAGUGUAUCCCAAAUGAAAAAUGCUUUUGAUGUCCCCAAAAAAUCCACAGAGAGACCAACAGAAGUUAAAGCACCACCAAAGAAAGGUAAGGACUUUGAGCUGUGGAAACAUCAAAACAUUCAUGCAUGUCUGAAAUGUGAGGACGAUGUCACAUGA